AUGACCUUGAAGCUGUACUGCACAACUUUUGUCUUUAUUUUCUUCUUUCAGUUUAAAGAAGCAAUAUUUACUGAUAACAAAAGCUCUUUCGAUGUUUCUAACGGAAUUUUAAGCUUCGCCAAUCUUUUCUCGUUUCCUAAUUAUCUACUGAACGCUACACCAUUUGAAUCUCUCUUCGUUUAUGGAGAACAAGACUGCCUUCAAGCUUGUACAGAGAGCCCUCGAUGUCGAUCGUUGAAUUUCAAAGGUUCUAAAUUACAUGGAAAAUUUCUCUGUAACCUCUUGGAUACUGACAAAUUUAAGUCGUUGAAGCUAUUUGGUGCAAGUUUGGAUUUUCAUCACUUCAGUGUGACGGUGAGUAUUUUGAUAAAAAAAUCCCUAUUUGAAUACUUUUGUGUGUGUUGUGCUAUCUAUAAGGACAGCAGGUAGUUUUAUUAGAAAGGAUCUCUAUCUAAUUUUUUGGAAAAAUUGUUUAAUUCAUCUGUUACUAUAUAAUUAUUUUUAGUUUUUUUUCAAACUUGAAUAAGCCUUUUUUUUUUUUUUAAAAUUUAGAAACCGAAAAGAAUUGCAAUUUACGUUUAUGCUUAAAAUUUUCUUAUAAACCAGCCCAAAUUUGCGUAAUUUACGUUUAACUUCGACUCAAUAUCUUUAUGGAUGUGGCUUUUUUUAGUAAAAUUUUCUGACAAUAUCAUAUCGCCAACGUUAGACCAACGCCUUACGUAUGGAAAUUUUUCGUUCGGAUUUGAUUAAUUAUUUAUGUUAUUUUGAGAAAGCUGCCUUCCUUCCUUUUGACACUAUGACAAAUUGAGGAAUGCUGAGUGCAAAUCUAAAUACAUCGACAUAAAUUGAAAUUUUUGAUGGUGAAAAAGGGAAAAUUUUGUUUUACCUGCUGAAUUUUUGCAAUUAUUCCAUGCAGGGAUUUUAGCAAGUUUCGUCAACUUUCAUUAGAGCGGUAUUCUCGUGAAACGCAUUUCCUUCCUAGACCGCAAAAAAUGUGUAUUUUAUAAUUUGCCCCAUGUUUUUCCAAUUAUUUGUCCAAAAAAAAUAAAAUAAGUGUAUUCAGAGAAGCAAGUCAUUGCCUUUGUUGCAAAGAAUCGAUAUCUCGACGGUAAAGCGAUCUGUCGUCGAACAGGAAUAUCGACCCUGGUGACUUUUAUCGGCUAUGAGAAAUCUUCCGCUUGCCUAGCUUUGUGAGGAUACCACAACAACUCUGAGCCUCUAGGAACCCAGACUUCCUGUCACACUUACCCUUAGUCAGAUUAUCGGUUCUCCUUAGGCCCCCUGCGAGCUCGAUCCGUGCGAGAACGGAGGGACUUGUCGACCAGUCGAGAUGGCAUACGACUUCAAAUGCGCCUGCCCACCAGGAUUCUUUGGGAGGCAAUGUGAGAAGUGUAAGUAUGCCUGCAUUUUUCAGAUGAAGCAAAUGUUGCUGAGAAGAUGGCUUGAGGAAAGCGGAAUAAAACUAAAAUACUUCUUCCUUACAUAGCUGCUUCUAAGUUGCUGGUGUGCAUUUAUACUCCUAGAUGGAGCGGGGCGCCGUUGGAGUAGAGCGUUGUAACUCUUACCACAUAGGUUCAAUUCCAGAUCUUAAGAUUAGGAGUCCUGUUAAAAAUGAGCUACAUAUUGAUUCGUUCUCUAACGGGACGAAAGAGAUUGAUGAAAAAGAGACAUUAUUAUUUCACAGGUAUUAAAAGAAACCUCGUGCCCAGACUUCCUCGGGGGUCCCUUAAGGGCAUGUAUCUCAGCAAAUUUGUUUCUUGUCAACUUCUUAUUUUAGUGAUCAAGAGCUGCGCGGAGCUGCUAGACGCUGGCUUCACAAACAAUGGUGUCUACAAAAUUCUUUUUAACAACUCUCAAGUGUUCGACGUGUACUGCGAUCAGUCCAGCCGGGGAGGAGGUAAUAACGAAGAAAACUUUACCUUAUUAUGCACGAAAUUCCUUAGAAAAAUCGCAUUUGAAGACCUAUGCGCUUAAAGAAGAGAAGUGUUCUUUUCCAUCGGCAUCUUUUGGCGCAAUUUUCAGUGGAGCGUCGAAAGUCAUCGUAGAUAUCUUUUAUUUUGCUUUACUUUGCUGCGUGAUUGGUCCUUAAAGCUUGCGCCACUUUUUCAACCAAUCAGAUUUUAAAUUUAAACCAAUCACGCUUUGAUAACUUCUGUUCUCCUACGCCUAGAUGCUUUGCUUGUUUUGACUUUGUGCUCUCAUUGUCCCUUUGGGUCAUUCUUUGGGUCAUUUCCCCGCCCCCCCUCCCUUCCCUCCGUCCUCUGAUUGGCUGUUAUAACUUCGACUUCGGUUUUUACGACACUCAAUCGAAAAAGUUAUCUUAGAUUUCCACACAUGUAAAAAUUGGAGAAAGGGAGAGAGAUUGCAUGGGCAACCCAUCAAGCUAGCUUUUAAAGUAUGAAAGAUGACACCCAAGACACGAAAACCUUCCCUUUUCUGGUCUCACGCAUGCUCGCAUAGCUCAUAGCCUCAUAUUUUCCCGCGGGCGCCGUAACGAUCGUGCGCAAGCGCUAAUAAUGUUGGCCUGCUUGCACGCUUUCCAGAUGAUGCAUUUGAGAAUCAAGCGCCGGGCGCAUGGCGGAGAAAUGCUUGUGUGUACUAAGCUCUAGUAUUCGCGGAAGACAAUUUAUUUUGUAUACAGGUUGGACAAUGGUUUUCAAGGUUGUGUCUGGCGUCUCGGCUAACGGUAGGAGCAGCUCGCAACUGUGGUCUUCCCCAGAGACGAUCAAUGAAAAUAGAUCAGAGGCGUUGAACAUCGAUUCUUCAUUGAGAGAACAUUACAAGAACCGCUUUGUGCCAAAUUGGCACCUUGCAAAACCCAAAGAGGUAAGUCUGUCUUAGUUGCCCAUGACAAGUUCUCUUAGUCAUGCAUAGUUGACUUAUGAGUGACUCAAACAGAAUUUCUCCUUCAAAUAUCGAUACAAUACCAAGCGCCCAAGUGAUGAGAAAUAAAAUAAAAAAAAGUAUCAGUUAGGGGCCGGGACUAUCAGUCGAUCCAACACCAAAUUCUCCAAACUCACAUCAUAAGAAAUGUAUGGCAGACAGUAAGGAGAAUUACUAAUGAGAUAUCGGUAGUGAAAGGGUUAUCAAAGACUUCUUAUGACGUGUAUUCAGAAUUCAUUUAAUGCUUUAAUGCGUAGUAAAGCAAUGACCAUGCCAAAAAUUAUCUGGAACUGAGAAACUUUACCUCAUUUAUAUUCCGUUUUCUGAUUGGUUUAUAAAGAUCGCAUCAUCUAUGUCGCCAAUCAGAUUUAAAACUGAAACCAGUUUAGACAUCUGUAUCAGACCCCUUCUUUCUUCGCAUGGUCACUUUUUUCCAUCGCCAUUAUUGACCGAGAAUCUAGAAUCCUAGGUACGCUCAUUAUAUACUGUAUGAGGGGGGGGGAGGGAGAGGAAUCUGUUUAUUUCACAAUAAAAUUAACCUAAUCCCCCAUGGGACUCUGUAGUAUUUUGAUGAUUCCCCCAACUCGCUGGCAGUCAAACGUCUAAAGUCUCUCCUCUACACUCCAUUGGCGACGACUGAUCCCCCCUCAGUCUCCCCACCCGAAUAAAAAAUGACUAGUCCCUCACUGAUAUAAUUUGUUUUUUUUAGGUGCAGAUAGCUUUGUACAGACGGAAUGGCUCAGAGACCCUUUAUAUCGUAUUCGACUCUACUAGUUCUGACAACAAAAACUGGUUUUCCAAAAGUCGGAUCGUUCACUCUCCGUGGACAGAUUUGGAAAGCGAGCACCAGAAUUACUUCUCGAUCAAGGGCUGUUGCUAUGGAAGGGAUUUCUACAUUUCCAGAAAUCAUGGCAGCUGCCAUGAUGCAGGAUGGCUGGCUAUUACUGUGAGUGCCUGUGGAUGGGAGAAACGUCUUCCUCCUUUUACUGUUUUGUACAGUAACAGGACGACAUACACGAGUUGGAAUCAGUUCGGUAAGAUUCGCGAA